AUGACUAAGGAGGACGGCUGGAGAUACUACUCUCAUCAAAGUCAUUCACUUCCCGGUUCUAUCCCCUUAGAUUGUAAGGAUCUAUAUGAAGAUGGCAAGGCUUGUUCUGGGGUGUAUACCAUCUAUCCCUAUGGAACCAUUACCAGUCCUGUCCGUGUGUACUGCGACAUGACAACCAUGGGCGGGGGAUGGACGGCAAUUCAAAAGCGAGUCACGGGAACCCUCAGUUUUGACAGGUACUGGACGGAAUAUAAAAAUGGUUUCGGUUCUCCAGAACAAGACGUCUGGGUUGGAAAUGAUUUAAUACAUCUGUUAACGAAAGGAAGCAGCUCGGCCCUGUAUGUGUCCAUCACUCUCCAGAAUGGUACAACGCUGUAUGCAAUGUACGACGGAUUCUCUGUCUCCAACGAAGCAGGGAAAUAUCAACUCUCUCUUGCAGGACCUGUCACGGGGACUUUAGACAGAGAUAACGACAGGUAUAGUGGAUUACACUGUGCCGCUAGCUGGGGAGGAGGCUGGUGGUUUAAUGCAUGUCACAAGGCCUUCCUUAACGGUCAAUGGUCCCCGGGGUACUGGGGCCCUCCAUGGAAUUACGCAGUAACGAGUGGGACAUCAGUGAAUGGGACAACCAUGAUGAUCAGACGUCACUAG